UUGAAUCACCGAUUCAAUCGUCGAGGGACACACACUAUAGCUGCGCUGACGAAUCCAGCUUACGCGAUUCUUUCGUCUCUUUCUCCGCAUCAGCAUUAAUAAAAUAUGGAUCAGGAUCAAAAACGACCGCCCAGCAUCGUCAUGGAACUGGGCGCCGAGACCUGCAAAGUGGGCCUCAGCAGUGAAAGCGCCCCUACGGCGGCGAUUCGGACUGUCGUCGGCAGGCCCAUGAACAAGCGAGUGUCUGCCCUGCGAGAUCACUACGUCGGCGACGAAGCCCUUUUAAAGCAAGACGUGCUGGGGAUCCGGCGGCCCCUGCGGAGGGGUCGUGUGGACAGCUGGGACGACAUGAUUCUCCUGUGGCAAUACGCCUUCAAGGAGGUGCUCAGGGUGAACCCUGAGGAGCACCCGGUCCUGCUCUCCGAACAGCCCCUGGUGCCUCCAGUCAACAGGGAAAAAAUGACACAGGUUCUAUUUGAGACCUUCAACGUGCCAAAAAUGUAUGUGGCCAGCCAGCCUGUGCUUACCCUGUUCUCCAUCGGCAAGAUCACCGGUCUGAACGUUGACACCGGCUUGGACGCCACCUACGCAGUGCCCAUCAAUAAUGGUUUCGUGGUGCGAGAGGGCGUGAGAAGGGUUGACCUGGGUGGUCACGACCUGACCGCAUUCAUGCAACGCUCCAUCGAACAAAAAGGCGUGCUCACGCAGCACGCCAACACGUUGGUGCACCACCUUUGCUUCGUCGCCCAAGACCUGGAGACUGAGUUGACAAGCCCUAAUCUUCAAGUUAGCUAUCAGCUCCCAGAUGGACAGGUGGUGAACGUUGGUCCAGAGAGAGUUCUGGCGCCAGAGGGCCUGUUCAACCCCUCGGUCAUCGGCUCUGAAGCUAUGAGCGUUCCCCAGUUGGUGCGUGAGGCCAUAAUCGACUCCCCUGCCGUCUUACACAAGUCUCUGGCCAAGAACGUGGUUUUGUCUGGAGGUCCAAGACUGCUGCCAGGAUACUCGACCAGGCUGAAGACGGAGUUGGAAGCUCGGCUCACGGAUCUACCAAUAGGAGUUUGGGGUCAGGAGAAGAACCCUGCACCCUCCGCCUGGACGGGAGGCGCUAUAUUUGCGGAAUUGCCCACCUUUCAAAAUUUGUGGAUCACAAAGGCAGAGUACGACGACCAUGGUCCUGCUAUUGUGCACAAAAAGUGCGACUUGGUCUGAUGUAUUCGUCUGCUUUUCAUUAUCUUUAGAGAAUAGCUCAAGGUGCAAGGUAUUUGCUAAGAAUAUUUAAAAGUGAUAUUUGUAAACAUUUGUCUAUUUAUUAAAAUAUGCAUGAAAAAUUAUCAAACUGGCUCCAGAAAGAGACAAACACUCGCUUUUUUAACCAAACAUAGUGGAAAUGCGUUUAAGGAAAAUACAUAAUCUUACAACUUAAGAAACCUACAUAUAAACAACAACAACAACAACAUGGUAAUUAAUUGUGCUCCAACAAUGGCAAGGGUCAACCCUACCAUGCAUGACAAGGUGGGCUUCUUAAUUGCUGCUUAAGGUUGUAUUUUGAUUGCUUCUGACGUCUUGAAAAAGAGCACCCAUGAGCAACAAUAAAGUAUGUAAUGAAAUAAAUAGCGCACUCAACGAGGAAAUUAAUGGUGGAAUGAUCUUGGCUGGUGCGACCAGCUAGGAUUGAUUAUCUGUCUGCCACUUUGUACCGCGUAGAGUCGGCGUGGACGGCCCUGUUGUACAGCAGCACCCCCGCCAUGACCGUGCAUGUGCCCAGAGCACUGAGCACGGUCACAGGAUUUCCGAACAGAAUCACAGACAGCCAGAUCAGGAAAGCUCUCUUUGCAGUAUUUGCCACACUGAAACAAAUUGAGAACACGUUUAAUUCUACUUCCAUCUAGUGUUUUAGGUGUACAGAAAUGCGAUACGAGUUUUUUAGGUAGGAAAUAAACUUUUUGACAAAUUUUGUAUUCCAUUCAACAGUAUCCUUGUAACCUACAACUUUACAUAAAAUUAAGGCUUUCUACAUGACAUUUAAAAGGUUGCAAAUUUAAGACGUGCCCCUGACAUUAUUAGAGGAGAUUAUGGUUGAUAUCUUCCUCCUUUCCUGCUUUAGAAUUUAUGAGAGAAAUAAAAACUUAAAAAACGGUUUUCUAUGUUAUAUGGGAAGCAA